AUGUGGGCCGCGCUGCCACUUCAACCGUGGCCACCCAACACCAUCUCCACCACUAAACCCCCUCCACGACGUCAUCAUCCGGUGACCGCCUGCAACUUGCAAAACCUAAAUACAGAUGCCGGUGCUGGUCCGGGUCGGGCAGCUAUCAGUAUCACCGCCCUCAAAGCCAAUCAACCGCAGGAAAAGCAAGCAGAGAGGCAGAUGAGUGGCGCCGAUGUCCUGAUGGCACUCCAGAUAGUGGCAGCCAAGAAAGCUAAGAAAAACAAGAAGGCGAGAGAUUCUUCCAAAGGUCGGAGUAAUUUUAAUAUUAAAGAAACAAAUCGUUUUCAGGAUUUCAGUAAUGUAAGGCCCUUGUGCAUUCAACCUCACUGGACUCGUCGAUUGGAGGAAUUCGAAAGGAGACUUGAACAACUUUCUGAAUAA